CUAAAAGAGCCGACUCUUUUAAGUGAACCAUAAGAGCCGGCUCUUUUAGCCGGUUUGUUCGCAACCAACACAUCGCUAUCAGAGGAACAACAGCUCGCGCAUCAGGACCGUCCCGCGGACAACAGGAGAGAAACGGUUAACCGGGAGUUUACCGGGAGUUUACCGGGAAGUGGAGCUGGUUUCGGUUGUUUUAACUCGUUUUUAUCUCUCUGUGUGUCUGUUUCACACUUUUAAACUAACUUCUCUGUAGUUUUUGUGUCGUAGUUAGUGUUGGACUCACCGUGUUGCCAUGGUAACGCUGAACAGACAGAUCUAGAGUUACUAACAUGGAGCCCAGCAGCUCCUCUGGUCUGACCGGCUGAUAGAGACACCGACCACCGACCACCGACCACCGGUGACAUCACUAUCAAUGUUGUCAUCACCGUGAACAGGUGAAGAGAGAAAAAACAGAUGCCUGAUCAUGACUGCUCUUGUUCGACCUGGAGUCAACGUUUCAGCGCUGUGUGCGGACGGAGACGAGCACCUGGAGGCUGGAGAUCUGAGGAGGGCGACCUCUCUCUACAUGUCCGCCUUCAGGACUCACGCCGCCUCCACCGUGUCCCACAUGCGGAAACUGAAGUCCGGCCUGGGCGGGGUGGUCUCUACUCUGGAAGGUUGGCUUGACGGUCAACCCGCCGAAGGUCUCAAUAAAGGUCUCGCCGCGGUCUUUCUGUCCACACUCUGCCCCAACAAUCUGUCCGCCACCGUUUUCAAAAUGGAGUCUCUCCUCCAGAGUGGCGGGCACGGCUGUGAGGAGAUUUUCGCUCGCUGCACUGCUCUGCUUGAGGGGAUGCGAAACCCUCAUCCACACGAUCGCGUGGUGUUAGAGAUCACCCGCGCCCUGGCCUGCUUGUUCUCAGAGCCUCACGGUAUCAAAGGGCUGAAGAUUUACCUCAACGCUUACCAGACUAACAAAUCUGAAACCGUCACGCUGGUGAAAAGCAGACAAGCUCAGCACCUACACAAAAUAGUGAAAGCCUUUACAGACCAAGUACUGCACCUACAUCCCUCUUUAAUAUCUGAUAGCGAGGGUGCAGAGACAACAAAGGAGAAUGAUAAACUAGAUGUAGAGACAGUUAUUGAGUUUUUAUUGGCUGUCUCGCCUGAUAAUAGAGAAGUGCAGGAACUUCAAGCAGCGUAUUUGUCUUUGAUGGGCAGGUUUGGGGACAGUGCAGAGGUGUACGCUGCUCUCCUGCAUCAUAGUCAGGAAACAUCAGAGAGUAGUACAGACAAGUCAUCCCGAGAGAGGAGAGCGAGACUCUUAACCAGUCGAGCAGCUGCCUGCUUGUCAGCAGGUGGACGGACUGCUGAGGCCUGCGGGGAUCUGGGCGAUGCAUUUGAGAUGCACCCUGCCACUGCCCGAGUUUAUUUUCAAAAGCUAUUCACAGAUCAGGGUACAGGGAUGGCUGCUCGCACCCAUCUCCGUCAGCAGGCGGAGAGAGGCCUGUCUGGCUACAGGGAAAGGGUCCUCAUCCGUCCAGACCUGCGGUCCACCGAAGGCGUUGAGCUUCUGGACCCCGUGAUCACUCAGUUGCGGACUCUGUGCCAUUUAGAGCCCGGCGGUGGAGGCAGAGAGCUGCGGGUACGACUCGCCGACUGUCUUCUCCUCAGAGGGGAACACAAAGAGGCCCUCUCGAUCUGCAGCCAGCUGGCUGCUGCCCGAGGUCAGCAGAGCUACCAGAACACGGUGCAGGUUCUUCGUGGAUACGCACGACUUCUCUCCGACGACCACAAGGGGGCGUUAGAAGACUUCCAGGCUGUGAUUGAGCACAACGCCCCCCACCCGUCCAGCUGUGUGCGGGCGCUCUGCGGCAGGGGGCUCCUGCGCAUGAUGGGCGGCUCAAACUACCUCACGGCUCUAGACUAUGUGACGGCCAGCAGGCUGCACCCUCAGGAGACGGCGCUGACCGUUCGCUGCUUGGUGCCGUGGAACUACCGGGGGCUGCUGUUUACUGUUUUAAUGGAGCAGGGACGAGUCAUGCUGGAGGGGACUGGAGAGCACGAGUCCAAGUCCAAGUCCAAGUCCAGUUCCGGUGAAGACUCCCAGCAGCCCCAGCAGGGGGAUCACCUGCAGGCCCCAUCAAAGAGAGACAACCACAAAUCAGAGACUCCUGCUGGUGUCCAGUCUCUGGCUGCGCUGCUGAUGGAGCUCCAGCCCGGUGCUGAUGGGUCUCAGAUCCUGGCAGCAGACGCCUUGUACCAGCUUGGCCGGGUGGAAGAAGCCUACAGGCUGCUGCUGUCCAUCGGGCCCAACGGUCCUCGAGCACCCGUCCUGGCUCGCCUCGCCCUGCUGCAGCUGCACAGAGGAUUUCUGUACGACACCAAUCAGCUGCUGAAAAAGCUCAUUCAGUGUGGCGAUACCAGCUGCCUGCGCCCCCUGUUGGCGGUGGCACAACAGAAGGACCGGGCUCUGCUGCAGGCGCACUGCCACUUCGCUGCAAAACGCAUCCUGGAGGGCACGCGAGAGGAGAGCGCCGUAAGGGAGGCCGUGUCGUAUCUCUCCAUUGCCAUCAUGGCCUCUGGUGGCGAGGCAGCAGAGUCUCUGCUGGAGAGAGCGAGGUGUUAUGCCCUGCUGGGCCAACGAAAGACAGCCAUCUUUGAUUUCAGUGCCAUUCUGAGGGAGCAUCCGAAACACGUUCAGGCCCUGUGUGGAAGAGGCUUCACCUAUCUCACGCUCAACCAACAAAAGGAAUGCACUCAUGACAUCCUGGCAGCACUUCAGAUAAACACCGACAUCGUCACCAAAGACAUCCUGUCACUCAAGGACAAGGCUCGGAAGCUGGUCUGCGAUUGGCUGCAUCAGUUCUGUCGGACCAACCUGUCGGACAUCCUGCUCGCUAACGCCGUCCCCUGCCACGAAGAGCAGCUCAGAGAGGCUUUUAUAAUUGUUGGAGCUCUGAUGAGGACUGACUGCAGAGACCCCAGAUGGCAUCUCCUCUAUGUGGACACACUCUUAGCCAAAGGUGAAGCGAAGGCAGCAGGCGCUCAUCUGUGCCAGGUGUUUGGCCAGGAGCCAAGAGACGCUGUGGCCCAGGCCAGGGUGGGCGUGGUGGAGGCCUGGCAGCAGAACUACCGCGGCGCAGCUCGCCGGCUCAGCAAACUGACUGAGAAAGAUUCAUCCAGUCUGGCUUUAUUGUUGGCCCUGAUCCCAUUAAAUCAACGGAAAUGCAUGGCACAGGCAGCAGCGCAGGAGGCCAGCAGUGUGUCAUCAGGCGGUCAGUGGGAUCAGGCCCUCACCCUCCUGACUGUGGCGGUACAAGCAGUCGGCGAUCACAGACUCCAGUAUCUUCGCCAGCGGGCGGCCUGCCUCGCUCAGCUGGGCCUACACGAGCGGGCCGUAGCUGACCUGGACAGAGUGAUCCAGAAACACAACAAUGGAUCCGACUCCAGCUGCUCGGACGACCCCCGAGUCUGGGCGGAGGACCUGUGUCGGCGAGGCCGCGGCCUGGUGCUCUGUUCCAGAGAAGGAGCGGCUCUGGAGGACUUCAGUCGGGCCCUGGAGAUCCACAGGAACCAGGCCCUCCAGUGUGUGGAGGCUGGUCUGGGGAGGCCGCGUCUGGCUGAGUGCUUCCUGCGGGGGGCGCUGCAGCACUACGGGGAGCAGCAGCUCAGUAAAGCCUGUACCAUGAUUGAAUGUGGCCUCCUUGUGGACAGUGAGAACGCAGAGCUCCGCAGACUGAGGGCAAGGGUCAAACGAGAAGUGGCGAGCCCCUGCAAUGUCAACUAGUGUUGAUCUCACAUAAUGUAGCCAUGUCAGUGCCUGUAUCUUAACGGGAUAGUUCAGGUGU